AUGUCACUUGUUCGUGACCCAACUGCGAUGCACCCCCAGUGUCACCGCAGGACCAAGUUAGAGCCUAAGACGCAGACGCGACCGGGGUCUUUGGAGUCGAGCGGCCUCCGCAAAUCAGCCUCCAUCGCAUCCGUCUCUUCCUUCGUGCGCAGCUCAGUAACAUGGGCGACGGAUACGCUACAGACAUAUCGGGAUGGACUGUCCAGGGAGGAACGCGAAAAGCGGGCCCAGGUGGAAGAUCGGAAACAGAUUCUGUACCUGCGGAUGCGCAAUGCCGUGUCGCUUGCAGAAUGGCGGGGCUGCGCCUCCGAAUUAGACGAACUCGAGAACAACAACGCCUGGAAAGAGACAAUCGAGUCCAAUGAAUACUAUCUGGAUGUGAUCCAGGAACGCCUCAAGCAGCUGGAAGAUGCACGCAUCAGCUGUGAUGUGCAUCGCAUGAUGUUCCUGGUCCGCACGGCACUGAGUCGAGAUCUAGGAGGCAUGAGCAACCCCAAUCUGUACAAGCAUACACACAUUGGAACCAAACUAUUGAUAGAUCGCUAUAUCAACACUGCUGUUGACACCAUAUCGACGCUGGUGGACCUUACAGUGAAGCGUCAUGACCCAGAGGAGAUGAAAUACGUACUCGACCAAUUUAUUGCUGCUCGACAAGCCUUUGGUAGGAGUGCUUUGCUUCUGUCUGGUGGAGCAACGUUUGGCAUGAACCAUAUUGGGGUCCUCAAGGCCCUUUGGGAAGCAAAGCUGCUCCCGCGCAUUAUGUCGGGAGCAUCGGCAGGGAGCAUAGUCUGUGCUGUUUUCUGUUCACAGACGGACGACGAACUGCCAGAUCUCCUGAGAAGAUUUCCGUAUGGAGACUUCGCCGUUUUCGAGGAGGAAGGUCGGGAGGAGAACAUAUUACAGAAGACUGCGAGAUUUCUGAAGCAUGGGUCUUUCAUGGAUAUUACAAACCUGGCAAGAGCCAUGAGGGUGUGGUUGGGAGACAUAACGUUUCAGGAAUCGUAUAAUCGGAGUCGAAGGAUACUUAACAUCUGUGUUUCGAGUGCGGGUGUUUAUGAGCUGCCACGGCUGUUGAACUACAUUACCGCACCCAACGUACUCAUCUGGUCUGCAGUCGCCGUCUCCUGUUCCGUGCCCUUGGUGUUCACGCCAUUUGUUUUGAUGGAGAAAGAUCCGCUCACAGGAGAGGUCGCGCCAUGGAAUGAUCUCCACAGGCAAUAUAUCGACGGGUCCGUCGACGGAGAUCUACCCAUGACUCGCCUGGCGGAGAUGUUUAAUGUCAACCAUUUCAUCGUUUCGCAAGUGAACCCUCAUGUGGUUCCAUUCCUUCCCAGAGAUGAGUGCCCCAUCAGUGAUAACACUAGACAAGCUUCUCCCACUUCGCAAUGGUUGCAGAAGGCCACGAACCUCGCGACAGAAGAAGUCCUCUAUCGAAUGAACGUCCUCUCUGAGCUUGGGAUAUUGUCGAAUUGCCUGACGAAAGCGAGCUCCAUUUUGAGUCAAAAAUAUUUUGGAGAUAUCAACAUAUUCCCUGAAAUCCCGUAUUCGAAUUUCCCGCUGGUUCUCAAAAACCCCACUACGGAGUUUAUGCUGAAGGCGUGCCUCAGUGGAGAGCGUGCGACUUGGCCCAAACUCGCACGUAUUCGGAACCAUCUGGCGAUCGAGCUUGCGUUGGAUCGUGCGGUUCAGGCCAUGCGGGCAAUGGUCGCUCUCAGUCCGGUGCAGGCUGACCCGAGGUUCCACCUACAGUACAGGUCCGGGGAAUCUUUUGACAGUAAUAAGGCCUACCUCGGUCAUCAACGGAGGAGCUCUUACAGCGAUGAGUCUGAGAGAUCCAGAUACAUUAAGAACCAGCCUGACGGUCGCCCUGCGUAUCAGCUGCGCAAAGCCCGCAGUACAUAUUCUGCGGAUAAUGGCCUGUCUGGCACAUUCCCGAAUGCCAGUGACGCUUGA